AUGGUCAUGACCUGUCAUCACGCCCGAUCCACAGCCCACCUCAUCCUACUGGUCCUGCUCAUUGUCACUACACAGCUGGCUAGCACCGCCCCUGUGGGGGGUGAGGGAAGGGAGAGAGGGGUGGAGGGGCGCACCCGGACAGAUCAUAAAGAGGACAGUCUCGUCCCCUUUCUCUCGCCCCCACCCCAGAGUCUCUCCAGCCCUGACAACGCGUCCCUCGACUGGAGCUCGGGCCCAGGUCAAGAUAACCAAUCAGAUAAAGUAACGGACCCUGCGCAGGUGCUCGCUGUUCUUUUGGAGGCCCUGGACCACCCGGGGGAGAGUGAAAUCCAGGCAAGCAGAAACAGAGAAUGGAAAGAGGAUCAGAGGCAGGAGCUGCCCUCCAUCGAAAGGUUGGAGGGUGGUGAGAUAAGGAGAACAAGGCAGACAGAGGUAGACAGGGGGGAGGAGGAGGAGAAGGAGGGGCGAAGGGCUGAUAAGGCUAUUGAACAGCUAAUUGUGGGCCAUUUGACAGCUGCUCAGGUUGAUGACUUGAAGGAAAGAGCGGAGGAGGAUAAAAACACAAGGUCAGAGGACAAUCCAGGGUGGUCUGUGCAGGAUGUGGGACCUGACAGUGUAAGUGAGGAAGGAGGGAAAGAGGAAGAGGAUAGGCAGGAUUUAGAAAGUAUCUUAAGCAACGCCAGGUUAAGUUCCACCUCACAGGGAGAUGAUCCCUCUCUGCAGCGUAAAAUAAGAGGCUAUUUCCAAAACAUUGACUUGGGUCUCCAAGAUAAUGAGAUCCUGCCUCCACUGAAGGGCUACAAGGCAUAUAAUACUCAGCUAGCAAGAGCUGGAAAGAAACUGCACUGGCAGGAGAACCAGUCCCGCAAUCGACCAAUCAAGGGGGGCAACUUUAUGGAUGACUUUGAGGAUGAAGGAGAGGAGCUGGAGGAGGAGGUUGAGGAAGAAGAGGAGAGCCUCUCCCACAUGGAAGAGGAAGCGAGAGCGCGUGCAGAGAAACAGGAGGUGCUUCGGCAGCAGGAGGAGGCGGAGCGAGCCAGAGAGGAGGAGCAGAGGCUGGCAGACAUCGCCUCUGACAUGCUGCUGCAGUACAUGGGGAGGAAGCAGCAGUCCUACAUGAAGCCCCGGCAGAAAAGCAGCAUGGGGGCCGCUGGCAACACCGCCGAGGACAAGCGCUCCGAGGAGGUCCUCCCCGAUGAAGACGACCUGGAUCAGCAAAUGAUCGACAGGCUCAUUGAGAUCAGUAGUAAGCUGCACCUGCCUGCUGAUGAUGUGAUUGAGAUUAUUAGUGAUGUGGAGGAGAAGAAGAAGAAGAGGAAAGAGCUGCAACAGCUGCCAACCAACGUCAACCCUAUUGCCCCACGCUUCAGGCCUUUGGUACCUCCUCCUCUUGCUGCUCCGCCUAUCUACCACUACACAGCCUCAAAAAACCCCAAGAAAGCCCCUUAUAAGUACAACAAGUCCAACAAGAAAUGGCACAAGGACAAAGUCAAGUCAUACAAGCAGGAAUAUUGGUAUAAGCCUCAGAAGCAGAUUGACUACUGGUAUAAACCCCAGAAACAGUUUUUAGCCUUCCCCUCCUAUCCAUACUACCAGAAGCCAUAUCGAGCAUACUACCCUGUUUAUUUCCCAUAUCCCAAACCACAAUAUUAUGGCAAGCCCUCCCCCUCCAGAGACCAGCCAUUCGGCCCCCAGGAACUUGACCUCCAGGCCCCAAGGCGCAGGCACAGGGCUGGAGGUAAGAACCGGGGACAGGGUUGGAGGCAGCAGCCAGCACCACGCCUGCCUCUCACCCCUUAUAUCUCUAACUAUAUCCUUCCUCACCCACGGACCUACCAACCCCUACCUCCCCCCAAACCAAUAACCACACCAAGGAGAGGCAGACAACCCCCCUACUACUAUCCACAAAUCACACCGGGUGAUGACUAUGAGGAAGAUGGGCUGGUUCCUCAGCUCGACAGUGAGGAGGAACUGGAAAACUUUAUUGAGCGGAUCUACAUGAAGCGCAGAAUGUAUUGA